AUGCCCGGUGUACCAACCGGCCGGGCCUGCGAUGCCUGUCGCAAGCAGAAGAAAAAGUGUGACGAAAAACAACCGACCUGCUCACGCUGCGCCCGCCUCAAAGUGAAAUGUGUGGGCUCGGGCAUACAACGCUUUAAAUUUCAAGAAGAAAAACGCUUCUCUCCACCAAAAAGAGAACAAUCCAAUAACACGAAACUUGAAGCUGUAUCUCCAGAUUCAACUGGCUCAUCUCGCACCCACGUCAUCACCACAAGGCCAAUCCGGCAUAUUUACAUGCACGUUCCACCGGGGACCCCAUCCCCCGGCCCAUCCAAUGAGCUCACCUACCUAACAAGCGCAUUUGUUAAAACAAUCAAGCGCUCCACUGAUCUCCGCUACAAUCUAUGGUGGUCCUUCGGCUUUUUCCUGGAAGAUGUGCCCCGCCGUCUCGGCACUAAUGAGGCAUUAGACCGCGCCAUCGACGCUAUGACUACCGCACAUGGAGACUUCUGCACCCGACAUAUCGUGUCUGUUGAUGCACUAGCUAAAUACUCCCAGGCCCUGCGCACGCUACACGUCUAUCUAGAUGAUAUGGCACAUGCGCAAUCAUCUAGUACUCUAUGUGCCGUCAUGGUUUUACUAGUUUGUCAGUUGUUUCUGGGUCCGACAACCCAGUGCUGGUCUGGGCAUGCAGAGGGCGCAGCAUCGAUUCUUAAAGCAAGAAAAAGCUUCGGGCCCAGAGAUAAUUUCGAGCGGAAGAUGUUUCUCUCGUUACGCGGCACAGUGCUAUUCGAAGGUCUUUUCAACCAUCGAAUUGAUCUCACACCAGAAGAAUGGACGGACCUCGUCACCAACGACUUCGACGCACAGACGCCCGAGGGCCAGAUGCUACAGUGCCUAUCCCAUGCCCCCGGUCUGAUGCGCCGCCGAAGAGCAGCACUGCAGACCGAGGCGGACACCACAGAAGUACGCGAUGAAGUAUGGACCAUCUAUCAACACUGCAAAACAAACCUGAGCACGCUCCACCUGCGCGCUACCGAGAAUGACUUUUCCGGCAUCGACAUGUCCCAGAUGUCAGCGGGUGACCGGGCCUCGGUACGCUCGUUCAUGUACGCGCACCACGAGCGCUCGUACGGGCUUGGGCUAGCCAUCUCACUGUUCUUCAACUGCCUGCUCGGUGCAGUAGGGGCACACGACGGUGCGAGUCUCUUCGACGCGAAAUAUCUCACGGAAGAGGUCCUUGCGCUUGCUGAUCGCUCGGCUAUCUGGAGGCCUAUUGGGACGGGGUAUCUGAUUAUAUGUUUUUCGUUUGCAUGGACUGCUACGACGGAUCCGCAGCUGCGAGCGAAGCUUCUCGCCACUUUCAACGACUAUAGCUCUGAUUUGAGGGUAUGCGACUCGCAGUUCAUGAUGAAUGAGUUGGACCGGUUUGCGGAACAUAUGCGUUUGGGUACGCCUUUUCGGAUUCGUGCGGAAACGUGA